AUGUCUCCGUUAAUGAGUACUGCCAUACUUAUUACUCUAGUUACCUGCGCAUUUGCUUUAAAGUGCUAUUCAGGAACUGCAUCUGGUAAUGAUAAACCAUCAAAUCAACUGGACUGCCCGCCGACGGCUAAAUAUUGUAUGGCAGCCACUGUUGCUGGUAACCAAGAUGCGCAUACGCACGGCUGCGAAACUGGGCUUCUUUGCAAAAAAGAUGGUUGCGAAACAGCGAACUUGAUCACCACCUGCUGCUGCACCACGGAUCUAUGCAAUGAAGGCGUGAACUCCGGAUCGAAACCAAUACCAGCAGUUUUCUUCUUGCUAUCAAUCAUUAUAGCGAAGCUUAUUGUUUAUUGA